UCUCAUUUCUGGGAACACAGCCUUGCAGCCAUGGCGGGAAGUGAACAUGGAAGGCCUUUGCUGCAGAUUGCUCCGAUGAUGGAGGUCACAUACCGCGACUUUCGAUACUUCAUGCGUUUGUUGACCAAGCGCACACAGCUGUGGACCGAGAUGGUGGUAGAUGACACCAUCCUCCACAACUUGGAGACCGAAAAGUGUGAACGCUUCUUGGGCUACAACGGCCAGGAGCACCCCAUAGUUUGCCAACUUGGUGGCAGUGAUCCAACCAAGCUAGCUGCAGCUGCGGAAGUUGUUCAGAGGUACGGCUAUGACGAAGUCAACCUCAAUGUUGGAUGUCCUUCCUGCAGGGUUGCCUGCAAAGGAGAGUUUGGUUGCUCUUUGAUGAAGCGGCCCGAGGUUGUGAGGGACGCCAUUCAUGCAAUGAGUCGAGCUGUGCAAAUUCCAGUGACCGUGAAGUGCCGUUUGGGCGUGGAUGAUUUGGACAACCAGGAGUACACCCGCAAAUUUGUGACAACAGUGAAGCAAGGUGGCUGCAAGCAUUUCAUCAUUCAUGCACGCAAGGCAUGGCUCAAUGGCUUGUCACCAGCUCAAAAUCGCACCGUACCUCCCCUCCACUAUCCGCGUAUCUUGGACCUUUGCAACCACUUCCCUGAUUUGAACUUCAGCAUCAAUGGUGGCAUCACAGAUAUCGGACAUGCCAGGGCACUCCUGAACUUUCCACAUCAGCGUUUGGAAGGUGAGACUGCCGAGCUUUAUGCUGCUGCUUGGGACUGGCAGAGUACAGGAUCCAUGGAAGCCUGCCCCAUUCCUUCCAACUUGCAGGGUGUGAUGAUUGGCCGUGGUGCCAUGAACACACCGUGUAUGCUUUGGGACGUGGACCACACAAUUUAUGGUGAAGAAAAACCUGAGCCAAUGACCCGUCGCCAGCUGCUCGAGAAGUACCGCCUUUACUUGGAAGACUCGCAUGCUGAUGGGUCAUCAGUGGGUUCCACCCACCUUGCCUUGAAGCCAACCCUCGGCAUGUUUUCUGACCUGCGCGGGAACAAGGCAUUCCGCGGCACAGCUGAUGCAGCCAUGCGCAAGAAGAAUGAGGAGGGAGCACCCGCUCGAGUUCUCGAACUUGCCAUGGAGGCAGUGGAUGCAGCAAAUCCCGGCAUUUUAGAUGAGCCGUUGCAGGGCACCGUUGCGUUCCGACCACUAGCACCAAAGCAGAACGGGACGAACGGAACUCCUCAAGGCACUCCCCAAGGCACUCCACGAGGCCAAAAGAGAAAACCCUCUGUGGCAGAUGGAGGCAGUGCUGAUUCCGUGAUGACUUGUGCGGCUGAAACUGGUCAAAUCCCAGAUGCUUCGCCACUUGUAACAGUCUCGACCCAAUGACAUUGCAAGAUGUUGCAAGACAUGUUGCCAAGAUUUGCCCAACAAUGAUUUGCAGUGGCUGGCCGUGGCAAUGCCAUGUGAUUUAGCCAAAUGUUUUGAGAAUCGUGGCCGUGCAAGCAUUGUGGUGGAUUGUAAGUCUCGCAAUGGCCGAGAUGUUCUUUGACCCUGAAUGAGGCUAGAAUCACGUUCCAAACUGCAUGCGUUGACCACAACCCCCUAUUUGUACAGAAUGAUGUCCAUGUGCCCACUGUGCAAGUUGAGCAUUCGGGCAUGCCAAAGGCAAACACAUCAGCACCUUAACGCAGUACUCAAAA